AGAUCAGAGAAGACAGUCGUAGUUGCACAAUUCGUGAUUCUGUCGCGAUCGCAAAGGAUCGGUUUGAUACCGGCAUGUCAGCUGUAUAAUGUUAGUGAGGGAUAAAUGUGAUGAAUUUUAAUCUGUACGAAUAAUAGAUUUUAAUUAAUAAUUCCUAAGCAAGAUGGAGAAUGAUAUUAUUGACGCACUUGAGGAUAUAGGAUACACUGGGCCAAUAGUAGAUGAAGAAGGAUGUCUGGAGAAGGCUCUAGAAGGUGGUCCCAAGUCUAUAGAAUUUUCUCAGUUAAUAGAAUGGAUAUCUAAGGAACUGAAGACAUUAUGCAGCUUAGAAGAACAUGUAAAUGCCAUUACUUCUGCUGAUGAUUCAAGCUCAUUCUUGCUAGAACUUAGUAGUUUUCUUAAGGAACUGGGUUGUGCAUAUACUUCGCUGACAUCAGGGCACAUGAGUGAUCGUUUAAACUCCCGUAAGAAACGACUGCUGCUUCUUGAUUAUUUACUAAGUGAAUUGGAAGCAGCACGUAUGAUUAGUAUCAAUAAACCCGAUCUUAGUAAAGCUAUGCAAGUGCAUCUGUCUGAAAGUUCUACAGCUAGUGACUUAAAGAAUAUGUUGAUUGCCCUGAAGUUUCCUAAGCCACCAACAAACAUUACUCCCGGCUUGCUUUUUGGAAAAGUGGAACAAAAGAUGAAAGAAGUAAUAUCUAAGGCAUCUCCAGAAUUGGUGGGGAAACCUCUAUUCACAGGUGUUCUUUCAGACAAACAAUGGCAGCAACUUGGUGAUCUUCAAACCGAAUUACAAACAGAAUAUAGGACCCGGCGAGAGUUGCUAAUUAAACGAUUGGAUUGGUCUGAUCGUGUAAAAGCUCGUCAAGAUGAAAUUGCAGCAAUGUUCCUUGGCCGGCGGAAAGCACUAGUAGUAGAACCAGAGGUGCACCUUUCAGACCUCUUAUCUGCACGCGAGGAUCUUGCAGUUAUAGAAAAGACCAGCAAUGCAAGUGUACGCAAGAAUACACAGUCUUCCAUUAAUAAAGUCAUCAUUGGACGGGUGGUGGUGGUGGUGGCGGUGGAGGCCGAGGAGGAUUUGGUGGAGGCGGAGGAGGUGGUGGUCGAGGAGGAGGAGGUGGUUAUGGUGGAGGAGGUGGGGAAAGGGGUGGCCGGGUUCAGGGAGGUUGGAACACUGGCAAUCCAGGAGGGGGCGGUGGAUAUGGGGGAGGCGGAGGUGGUUAUGGAGGAGGCGGAGGAGGAUAUGGUGGAGGAGGAGGUGGCGGCGGCGGAGGCUACGGAGGAGGACAUCAAGGGGGCGGAGGAGGCGGUGGCGGCUAUGGAGGAGGCGGAGGAGGAUACAGGGGACGGGGUGGAGGAAGGGGAAGGGGAGGAGGAGGUGGGUGGUCCCGAGGAGGAGGGGGCGGCGGAGGGUACCAAGAUAGUUAUCGAUAGUUAACUAAUGCAAACAACGCUGCUCCCGGAAUUUCAACUGGUAAUUAAAUUACUGUGCAUUCUUUGGAAAGAUCAUUAAUGUUCUUUGGUUUUCAAUGCAUUGUUUUUGAACUUUCAUUUUGAGUUGAUAACAGUUUCUUUCCGUGGUUACGUAAGGUUCUGAUCCAAUUUAGUUUCCAAAUUUUAAAUUUUUCACGUAACCUUUGAUAUGAUUUUUCUGUAUUGCAUAUAAAAAUAUUAAACAACACAUACAAUCCUGAAUAAUUUUCAUAAAGGAGAUUUUUCGUGCUUAUUUAUUUCAUAAUUUAUUGCAUUUUCUGAUAUUAUUUUUACUGUGACAUAUUUAGAAUAAAAUAGAUUUGUGUUGUACCGAUAGUGAUAAUGUGAAUGUCUCCAAAAUCACUUAUAAUUAUAAAAAACUUCUGUUGAUUGAGUUGUAUGUUAGUUGAUGUUCAGUGUAACAGCAUCACCAUUAUUGACCUUUUGAUUUCUUUAUAAUUUAUAAAACUUUGAGCUGAAGAGCAUCAACAAUAAACUGAAGAUUUUCUGUAACAA